AUGUGGGUCGCCCUGCUCCGGCCGCUGCUCCGGCUCCUGGUGCUGCUGCUGUCGCCGCGGGACGGCGUGCGCGCUGCGCAGCCCCAGGCCCCGGGCUAUUUGAUCGCUGCACCCUCCGUCUUCCGCUCAGGAGUGGAGGAAGUCAUCAGUGUGACCAUCUUUAACUCCCCAAGGGAAGUCAUGGUCCAUGCUCAGCUGGUGGCCCAGGGCGAGGCGGUGGCGCAGAGCCAGGGAGCCAUCCUGGAUAAAGGGACGAUCAAACUCAAGGUGCCCACGGGCCUCUGGGGCCAGGCUCUUCUGAAGGUGUGGGGCCGUGGUUGGUGGGCAGAGGAGGGCCCCUUCUUCCACAACCAGACUUCAGUGACUGUGGACAGCCGGGGAGCCUCUGUGUUCAUCCAGACCGACAAGCCGGUGUACAGGCCCCAGCACCGAGUGCUCAUCAGCGUCUUCACUGUCACUCCAGACCUGAGGCCCGUCAGCGAGAAGCUGGAAGCUUAUGUCCUGGACCCCCGGGGCUCACGGAUGAUGGAGUGGAGACACUUGCAGCCCUUAUGCUGCGGCAUCACCAACAUGACCUUCCCCUUGUCUGACCAGCCGGUACUGGGAGAAUGGUUCAUUUUUGUCGAAAUGCAAGGCCACGUGUACAACAAGUCCUUUGAAGUUCAGAAGUAUGUGUUGCCGAAGUUUGAGCUCCUUAUUGACCCGCCCCGAUAUAUCCAGGACCUGGACACUUGUGAGACCGGCACUGUGCGGGCCAGGUAUACCUUUGGGAAACCUGUCUCGGGCACUUUAACCAUCAACAUGACUGUAAAUGGCGUGGGGUACUACAGCCAGGAGGUGGGGCGCCCCAUCCUCAGGACCACCAAGAUCCACGGCUCCCAGGACUUCAACAUCUGCGUGAAGGACAUGAUCCUGGCCGAUGUCCCUGAGCACUUCCGGGGCACCGUCAGCAUCUGGGCCAUGGUGACCAGCAUGGACGGGAGCCAACAGGUGGCUUUUGAUGACUCCACCCCCGUCCAGAGACAGCUGGUGGAUGUCCGGUACUCCAAGGACACCAGGAAGCAGUUUAAGCCGGGUCUGUCCUAUGUGGGGAAGGUGGAGCUGUCCUACCCAGACGGCAGCCCGGCUGAGGGGGUGACGGUCCAGAUCAGGGCAGAGCUGACGCCGAAGGACAACAUAUACACCACCGAGUCUGUGUCCCGGGGUGGGCUGGUAGGGUUUGAAAUCCCCUCCAUCCCUGUGUCAGCCCAGCACGUGUGGCUGGAGACCAAGGUGACAGCACUCCGCGGAAAGCUCGUGGGGGCCCAGUACCUGCCCAGCUACCUGUCCCUCAGCAGCUGGUACUCCCCCAGCCAGUGCUACCUGCAGCUGCAGCCGCCCUCCCUCCCCCUGCAGGUCGGGGAGGAUGCCCAUUUCCCAGUGAAGUCCACGUGUCCCUGCAAUUUCACUCUGUACUAUGAGGUGGCUGCGAGGGGCAACAUUGUGCUCUCGGGCCAGCAGCCUGCCCACAUCACCCAGCAGAGAAGCAAGCGGGCAGCCCCGGAGAAACCCAUCCGCUUAAUGCACCUUUCCGAGACAGAGCCCUCUCCAGCCCCAGCAGCAGAGGUCAAUGUGUGCGUGACCUCUCUCCGGCUGACCGUGACCCCCAGCAUGGUCCCGCUCGGCCGCCUGCUGGCCUUCUACGUCAGGGAGAAUGGAGAAGGCGUGGCUGACAGCCUCCAGUUUGCUGUUGAGACCUUCUUUGAAAACCAGGUUUCACUGACAUAUUCAGCAAAUGAGACCCAACCCGGGGAAGUCAUCGAUCUGCGGGUCAGGGCUGCAAGGGGCAGCUGCGUGUGUGUUGCUGCGGUUGACAAGAGCAUCUACUUGCUCAGGUCUGGGUUUCGGCUGACUCCCACCCAGGUUUUCCGGGAAUUGGAAGAUUAUGAUGUUUCCGAUGCUUUUGGGGUGUCCAGGGAAGAUGGACCCUUCUGGUGGGCUGGGCUGAUGGCCCGACGACGCCGGCGCUCCUCCAUCUUCUUGUGGCCCUGGGGCAUCACCAAGGACUCCGGGUUUGCCUUUGCCGAAACAGGAUUGGUGGUGAUGACAGACCUGGUGAGCCUGAACCACCGGCAAGACGGCGGCCUGUACACUGAUGAGGCUAUCCCUGCCUUCCAGCCCCACACAGGGAGCCUGAUGGCAGCAGUGUCCUCCAGACAGCCCCCCAGAGCAGAGAAGAGGAAAAGGACCUACUUCCCUGAAACAUGGAUUUGGCACUGUCUCAACAUCAGUGAUCCAUCAGGCGAGGACACACUCAGCGUGCGGGUCCCCGACUCCAUCACCAGCUGGGUGGGUGAGGCGGUGGGUCUGUCUGCCGAGAGGGGCCUGGGCAUUGCCGAGCCCACUCUGCUGAAGACCUUCAAGCCCUUCUUCGUCGACUUCACCCUGCCCCCCAACGUGGUCCGCGGGGAGCAGGCCAAGAUCCCGCUCAGCAUCUACAACUACAUGGACACCUGCGUCGAGGUCUACGUGAAGAUCUCAGUUCCCAAGGGCAUCCAAUUUGUCGGACAUCCUGGCAAACGCCAUCUGACCAAGAAGACGUGUGUGGUCCCCGGGGAGAUGGAACCCUCCUGGGUGGUUCUGUCCUUUGGCGACCUGGGUCUCAGCAACAUCACAGCCAAAGCCCUGGCUUACAGAGAAACGAGCUGCUGCCGGGAUGGGAAGUCGGUCAGACCCCCGGAGGAGAAUUACGCUGACAGGAGGGUCCCCAUUGGGAGGGAUCACAUCCGGCGCGGUGUGAUGGUUGAGCCUGAAGGAGCCCCCCGGUCAUACACCUACAGCGCUUUCUUCUGUCCCAAUGAGAGAGUCCACAUUUCCACACCCAACAAGUACGAGUUCCAGUAUGUGCAGCGGCCGCUGCGCCUCACCCAUUUUGACGUGGCUGUGCGAGCCCACAACGAUGCCCGCGUGGCCUUGUCCCCAGGACCCCAGGACACGGCGGGCAUGAUCGAGAUCGUUCUGGGAGGGCACCAGAACACCAGGUCCUGGAUCUCCACCAGCAAGAUGGGCGAGCCCAUGGCCAGCACACACACAGCCAAGAUCCUCUCCUGGGAUGAAUUCAGAACAUUCUGGAUCAGCUGGCACAACGGGCUCAUCCAGGUUGGCCAUGGUCCAGAGCCAUCCAAUGACUCUGUCAUCAUGGCCUGGACCCUCCCCAAGCCACCAGAGGUCCAGUUCAUCGGUUUCUCCACUGGCUGGGGUUCUGUGGGCGAGUUCCGCAUCUGGAGGAAGGUGGAAGUAGAUGAGAGCUACAGUGAAGCCUUCACCCUGGGGGUCCCGCACAGCGCCAUCCCUGGGUCCGAGCGUGCAGCCGCCUCCAUCAUAGGAGAUGUCAUGGGGCCAACUCUGAACCAUCUCAGCAACCACCUGCGCCUGCCCUUUGGCUGCGGAGAGCAAAACAUGAUCCACUUUGCACCCAACGUCUUUGUCCUGAAGUAUCUCCAGAAAACCCGACAGCUCAGCCCUGAGGUGGAAAGGGAGACCACUGAUUACCUGGUACAAGGCUACCAGAGACAGUUGACCUACAAGCACCAAGAUGGCUCCUAUAGUGCUUUCGGGGAGCGGGACAAGUCGGGGAGUAUGUGGCUCACAGCCUUUGUCCUGAAGUCCUUCGCCCAGGCGCGCAGCUUUAUCUUCAUUGACCCUCAGGAGCUGGCAGCCGCCAAGGGCUGGAUUGUCCAGCAGCAGCGGGCAGACGGCUCCUUCCCGGCGGUGGGCAGGAUUCUGAACAAGGACAUCCAGGGUGGGAUCCACGGCACAGUCCCGCUGACAGCCUACGUGGUGGCCGCGCUCCUGGAGAUGGGCCUGGCCUCGGAGGAGGAGAGGGGUGCCAUUGCCAAAGCCAGGCACUUCCUGGAGUCCGGCGCGCCCCUGGCUGUGGACCCCUACAGCAGUGCCCUGACCGCCUACGCGCUGACCCUGCUCCGCAGCCCUGCAGCCCCCGCCGCUCUGCGAAAGCUCCGCAGCCUGGCCAUCACCCAGGAUGGGGUGACCCACUGGAGCCUGACGGGUUCCCGGGAUGUGGACAAGGAUGCGUUCCUGAGCUUCAGUGACGGGGUCUAUCAGACAGUGGUCUCGGCCGAGGUGGAAAUGACAGCCUAUGCCCUGCUGACCUACACGCUCCUGGGAGAUGUGGCCACUGCCCUGCCUGUGGUGAAGUGGCUGUCCCAGCAGCGGAACGCCCUUGGGGGCUUCUCCUCCACUCAGGACACCUGCGUGGCUCUGCAGGCCUUGGCAGAGUAUGCCAUCUUGUCUUACGCGGGCGGCAUCAACCUCACUGUCUCCCUGGCCUCCACCAACUUGGACUACCAGGAGACCUUCGAGCUGCACAGGGCCAACCAGAAGCUUCUACAGAUGGCGGCGAUCCCCAGCCUCCCCACAGGGCUGUUUGUGAGCGCCAAGGGCGAAGGCUGCUGCCUGAUGCAGAUCGACGUUACCUACAAUGUGCCCGACCCAGUGGCCAAGCCGUCCUUCCAGCUGCUUGUGAACCUCCAGGAGCCCGAGGCCGAGCGGCGGCCCCCUGCGCCUGCCUCCUCGGCUGACGAUGACGACCCAGCAGCCGACCAGCAUCAGCAGGAGUACCCGGUGACCCUGGAGGUGUGCACCAGGUGGAUGCACACAGGCUCCUCCAACAUGGCGGUCCUGGAGGUGCCCCUGCUGUCGGGGUUCCGGGCGGACGUUGAGAGCCUGGAGCAGCUGCUCCUCGACAAGCACGUGGCACUGAAGAGGUACGAGGUGGCUGGUCGCAGAGUGCUCUUCUACUUCGAUGAGAUCCCCAGCGGGUGUUUGACGUGCGUGAGGUUCCGGGCGCUCCGCCAGCACGUCGUGGGCAGGACGUCGGCGCUGCCCAUCUCCGUGUACGACUACUACGAGCCUGCCUUCGAGGCCACGCGCUUCUACAACGUCAGCUCGCGCAGUCCCCUCGCCCGGGAGCUGUGCGCGGGGCCUGCGUGCAACGAGGUGGAGCGUGCCUUGGCCCAGGGCCCUGGCUGGUCCCCCGGUGAGGGAGGUCCCGCAGCCAUCCCGGAGGAGGGGACGAAGAUCACGCGCUGCGGCUGCGCACGCGACUGCGCCACCAGCGGGGACCCGGUAUGUGGCUCCGACGGUGUCGUCUACGCCAGCACCUGCCACCUCCAGGAGGCUGCCUGCCGCGGACGCAUGAGAUUGGAACCCGCGCCCCCGAGCCGCUGUGCCCUUGAGCAGCCGACACCAGCCUCUGCUUUGUACAGCUACGACUAUGACCUGGGUGCCCCGGACGCUGGGCAUGUGGCAGCCGGCCAUGAGGACUUGGAUGGGGAAACAGAGGACAGUCAGAGCGGCUUCUCUUCCUAAAGCUCCGAGCAGGAAGACGUGAUCUGGCUGUGAUUUCAUCCCACUGGAAGAGGGUCACUGACAGGAGACUUGACUGUCUGGGGGCUGCCGGACCCUGCCCAGGUGACCCCUGCUUCCAAACGAACCCGAUCAACAGACCAGCAGAGACGAUGGUGGGCAUCCUGGGGGCUCAGCCCACACCUGAACAGGAAGGAUGGUCAGCGAGGUGGCUGGAGGCACCCCCCUCCCCGCCACCUCGCCAGCUGCAGCUGGAGUACCAGUCGCCUCACCCUACAGCCCUUGGGCUGGGUGGCCAGAGCAGCUCCCACAGCCUGACGUUCUGCUCCCCGGAGAAGGGACAUUUCUGGGAAGGACUCAUAGCCAAACACCUGUUUCUGAGGGGACAUGACUCUGGCCAAAUCAAGGACGUAGCGUCAGCAACUUAGAAACGAAACAGGCUGCUUUUCUGCAGAAUGACUGCCUGGGCCCCUGCCUCACCCCAGGGGUCCCUGAAUGUUUGGCCUCGACAGCACCAGGCUCUGCAGAGAAAGUCCUGGGCUCCAGACCGAUGCACCUUCAACUUCCCACUUCCUGACCUCGACCUCUGAACCCCUGAUCUUCCAAUGCCCUGCCUGGAAGAUUGUCCCCCUCCUAGCAGCCUGGGAGGGUGUCCUAGCUCUGGACCUACCGAAGCCGUGUGCUCAGACCUGCCUCCCGGCUCUCUGUUCCCCCUCCUGCAUUCUCCUGUCUUCCGCCUCCACGGUGGUAAUUUAUUUCAGCCAACACUGCUCAUCUCUGGACAGCACGGAGACCCUGAGGGGGCUGCCCAGCCUGUGGGUCCCCGUCGUGCAGCACCGGCCACUUUCCACGCCCCUGACCCCUGCCAUCCUGCAAGGUUACAGUGCCCUUGCCGAGGCCCCGUUGCCACUUGCCUUAGAGGCUGCUGGUGUAAUAAAAGCUCAUUUCCAUAGAGUCCCUGACAGACUUGGGCCUCCUGCGGGCAGGGGAGGCUGAGGGGCAGCUCUAAGGGCUG